ACUUUAAAGGCAUUCAAAGAUUGUUCUGCUUUUGAGGUCUUUAUUAUCUCCUCUUCCUUUUCUGCUCAUCUGUAUUAAAACUAAAAGAUCAUGGCUAUUCGUAUGCCUCGUAUAAUCAAGAAAUCUUCCACAACUGGAGAUGUUCCAAAGGGCUACUUUGCUGUGUAUGUCGGGGAGAAGCAGAAGAAGAGAUAUGUGAUCCCCAUAUCAUUCUUGAGCCAGCCAUUAUUUCAAGACUUGCUCAGUCAAGCCGAGGAAGAAUUUGGUUUCGACCACCCAAUGGGUGGUCUCACAAUUCCCUGCAGUGAGGUUUUGUUCAUUGAUCUCACAUCUCGUUUGCGGAAGUGAGAAGGAAACUGGUCCCCAUUUUUUGCUUAAACAAUUUUGUAUAGUUGUAGGAAGCCAGGAUCUACACUAUGUACAGUUCAGAGUUAGAAAAAACACUAAGUAGACUGAGGAAACAUUUUUCUACCUCAAAAGAAAUUGAAGUGAUGAACAGUUUUACUUCUAUGG